UUUUUUUUUGUUUUUUUUUGUUUUUUUUUUGGGAGGGGAGGGGAGUUCUUUACUUUCCCCCCCUGUUUUCUGUUAUUUUUCAUCUUAUAUCAUUUUAUUUCUUUUACUUUUUGGGUUUAAUUUUGCAAUUGGAAUUCUCUUGGGCCUGAAAUUGAAAAUUUCUUGGACGUGAAAAAGCAUGAUGCGAAAUGAAUACCAAAAAAAAAUUGGAAGAAGAAUGGCUCCUUUUUUUGUCCUUCCCCUUUCUAUUAUCGCUGCACUUAUUGCCGCAGUGCCGCGCUAUCAAGCUUUUAUUAUAUAUGCUAGCUGUAAUGUCUAUUACAUGUAUCAUGUACGUUGUACGUUUAUUAUGUCAUGUCCCGUAUCACAUGUCCGUUGUCCGUUGUCCGUGUCUGUCAUCAUGUCAUGUCAUGUCAUGUCAAGUAUCUAUCUCUGAUUCUCUGAAUAUUCGAAUGCCCUUGAUGUCUUGCACCGAUAAUGUUAUCUUUUUUUCCCCCAAAAACUUUUGAUAUAGUGAAGGUGUACUACCUCGUACGGGUCAUACUGU